GUGAGCGUCCUUGGAUGUUAAAGGAGGAAGCACCCCUUGUAAACACACUUGAACUUCGCAGAGUAAAGAAUAAGCCGUACACGCCUGUCUUCAUGGAGAGGAGCGCGGGGACAGUUUCAGCCAUUAAAGCUCUGGGGUACCCGGGCAGCCGCUGCCUCUCCCGGUGCAGAUGUGACGAGCUUCCCUGUCCGCUGCUCAGCUGGCUGUGCGCAGAGCUCAGGACUCUCUGCCCGGAGCUACGAGACUCAGGAGGGUCAGGUGAUGUGCUGCUGGCGGGAGAGCUGAAAAAUGUACUAUCAAACAUAUCCUCUCCCCUCGCUGUGCUGACCUCCGAGGUGUUGGACCCAUCCACUCUCAACAAAGUCGCUGAGUUCCUUGUAUCAGAAUUGCAAGCAGCUCGCAUUAUCAAGUACAAAGAGUCACAUCCUGACGAGCAGGCGACAGAAGCGGACUCUGAAAAAGAGCAGCGAGUUGAAGAUCUGAGCCGUGACUUUUGUGAGGAAAACGAAGGCGAUGACGGUUCGGGUGAAAACAGGAGGAAGGCAGAGAUGCAAGCAGAAUGGAUUUUACUUCUGCGUGCUCUCAACAUGGACGCCUCCUCUCGGUUUGAGGACGUUUUGAACGAGGUGAAUGAGAGGCUUUCUCACCUACCAAGUGGAGACAUGACCAAACCUCUUCUCAGCACCAGCCUCAGCUCAGAGCAGUGGCUUCAAGUGAAAAAAAUGAAUGAAAUUCUGCCCGAGGACUAUCGGCGUCGGCGACAAAUGAUGGUCACGCGCUUUCAGGUUACGCUUGAAUCAUUUGCAUGGGGAGAGAAACAAAAG